AUGAAUAAAUUAAAAAUAAUUUUAUUUGUUUUAUUGGGUUUGGUUAUAAACUUCAGUAAAGCUGUUCUUAUCGAAUCCGAGUUAAUUCAAGCAGAUCUAAUUAUCAAUGCUCUGCAAUUGGAUGGUGAAGACCCAUGUUUCUUAUUUGCUUGUGAAACAGAUUUAAACUCAUUCCAACACGUUGUAGAAAUAGAAAUAACAGAUCUUAUUAUUUCUUCAAAUGAUUUAAAAAAUAUCGAUUUCUCUGUAUUUACCUGGCUCAGAAAGUUAGUUUUGGGUGCUCAAUGUGCCAUUCCACAAAAUAUUUUAUCUCAAAUUUCAAAUUUAGCUAAUUUACAGACUAUAGACCUUUAUGAUACAGUAUACAGUGAAAAUGUAAAUUUACCAGUUUCAUUAACAACUAUCAUAUUUAAUGAUUUCCAAGGAAUAUUUUACACUAGAUGGGUUUCUACAGAAGUUAUAACUCUAUAUGUUAUAGAAACUACCCAAUUCUCGGUAGAAGGUUCAUUCUCAAGAAAUGAAGAGUUAACCCAGUUACAAUUCCCAGUUACAAGUAGUGGUUUCAUUAGUCUUAAAGAUUCUUUCCCAUAUGUCAUUGAUGUUACCAUCAUCAUGAAAGAUAUGGAAUACAGUGGUACUGGUUUUAUUCCAGCAAGUUAUUUAGGCUCAUUCAACUCUUUACCACAACUCAAAUACUUAACUUUUAAAAAUAAUGAUCUUCAAAAACUCAUUUAUUUCCCAGAUUUAAGUAAACUCACCACUUUAUCAUCUGUAGUUGUAAUUGGUGAAAUAUUUGCUUUAAGUACUAACCAAAUUAUUGAUUUAUCAAAUAAUUACCCAAAUUUAAAAAUAUCAAUUUUAAAUACUGAUGAAUUUUUAAAGACAUGUAACAAUUGUAUUAAAUUACCAAAAGACUCUGAAUUUAUGUUAGAAACUGUUAAUGUUAAAAUUGACUCUUUAGAUUUAUCAAACGUUUCAAUUAUUGAUUUUUCAGAAAUUGAACCAGAACAAACUGUAUCAUUUAAAAACUUUGAUUUUAGUAAAUUAUCAGAGCUUACACUUACUUAUUCAAAGGUUAGUGGUGAUUUACCAGAAGAUUUAUGUUUAAUUGAUUUUACUAAAGUAGAAAUUCAACAUAACUUUUUUGCCACUAAAAUUCCAUCAUGUUAUCUUUGUACAAAAUCUAAUAUAGUAAGAGGUUCUAUCCUUCCAAACAGUUUUACAAAUUUUGAAAGCUCAUGUCCAAACUUUUCUAUUGAUCCAGUACCACAAUAUUUCCUUGCUGAUACCAGUGGUCUUGAUAUUACAAUUACUGGUAAUAACUUGGGUUUUGAUGAGGAGGAUAUCGCACUUGAUAAUAUCCAACUUUUUAAAUAUGUUAUUCCCCAUAAGAAAAUAGUAUUCUCUAUCAGACCAGGCGUCGGUUCAAUCAAUCAAACUUCCACCAUCUCAUUUUAUAAUGGUCCAAAAACAAUAGAAUUUUUAUACAAUUAUAUUAAACCAACAAUCGAAGGUUACUUUACCGAUCUUGAUAAUGGUGCUAUUAAUUUUGUAGGCUCAGGUUUUGAUUACGAAAAUAAAAAAACUUUUGUUUUCGUAAAUGACUUUGAGGAACUUUAUGUCUCUGCUUUCCACUCCGAAAUCAAUUAUUUCUCUUUUGAUCCAAACGAACUAAAAGAAACAACCUUAACCGUUGGUGAAAGUUUUAAUAUUCAAGUCGACGUUGGUGGUCAAAGAUCAAAUAUUGCAACAUUUGUUUAUUCAGAUGAGAAUAUAGAGAUUCACAAUAGCACCAUCAAAAUAGUCAACACAGGAAGCACAGUCACAAUUGUUGGUGUUUUUAAAACAGAACAAAUUUCAGAUGUUAAAUUGGUUGUUGGCAAUAUCUUAUGUACCGUAUCCAAGGUUUCUCCAGAUUCACUUACUUUUAACUUCCCAAAAUCAGUCGAUACUGUUGGUAUUUAUAGAUUAGAUUUAUAUAUCCAAGGCUUAUAUGCUUAUACAAAUGCAGAAAUAACCCAAGAAAAUGUAGAACCAACCAAAAAACCAUCAACACCAAGACCAAAUAAUAGUGAUAGUGAUUCAGAUAAUAUUUCAUCAGCUUUCAAAUUAGGUUUUUCCAUUUAUUCAGUUUUAUUUGUAUUAUUAGUUUCACUUUUUUAA